GUGAAGCGUUAUUUGAUAAUGGCGGCGGUGUGAGGGAAGCUGCGGCUCGGGCUGUGAGGGAGGGUGCUGUCACACUGGGUUCGGUGUUCACUAAAAUGAUGGAUCUCAACUUGGUCUGGUUGAACCCGCUGCCAUAGAAAAGCCAUGGAUGAGAAGACCUCCCCGCUGUGACCUGAACUGCAUUUCAAUGGAUACAAAGUACAAGGAAGACCUCUUCAGAAAGUAUGUACAGUUCCAUGAGUCGAAACUGGAAGCUUCAGACACCAAGCAGAGAACUAUCAAUGAUGAAUACCUGCGCACAGCGGCCUCGGCCCUACUUAGCUUGCCUAAAAUCGACCCGGCUUAUCGAUUCAGGCUGAUUAGAUUCUACGAGGUCUGUGAAAACUCUCUGAAAUCCCUGCGGACAUCAAACCUACGCUCCCUUCACAAUGCAGCGGCAAUGCUGGAGACUAUUGGGAUUAAUCUUUUCCUUUAUCCAUGGAAGAAAGAAUAUAAAAAUAUCAAGACCUACACUGGGCCAUUUGUUUACUAUGUGAGAGCUGCUUUGGUCGAUGAUGAUAUCCGGCAUAUUUUAAACAAUAUGGGAUAUGUUCAAGAACUUGGGACGGUUUAUAGACUGAAAGACCAUGUGGACAGCACUCAGGUCAAGAGAGUUGCUUUUGAGCUUUUCCUCGCCCGAGUGGAAUGUGAACUUCUUCUUGAGAUCUAUUUACAAGUGAAGGACAAAGGCUACCUGGAGAUUAAUGUUGUGAGUGAAAGGAAGAACAGCAAUGAGGACGUCAGAGGGUGCACCGAUGAAAUGAAACGCAGGGCAGAAUGUAAAGAAACCUUGAACAUAUCUAUGGCAAGAAUGGUUCUUCAGAAAUCAGCCAGUGAGAGAGCUCCCUCAAAAGACUACUUCAAGCAGAAAGUCACUAAACCAUCAAAGUCGGUGGACACCUACGACAACUAUUGGGAUAGCAAACAUAAGCCUCCCCUGACGGCCACACUCAGUCUGAGGAAAGAGCAAAUUUUAGUAGACGCUGAGGAUGACUUCAAAGAUGAGAUAAUAUGGCCAUCUCCUUCCUUGUUGACUAUGUCCUCCUCUCUACAUGGUUGCUCCGAUGAAUUUUUAAACAUUUCAUCCAACCCAAAUGGAGCUUCUCGAACAAAUCCCACCUAUGGUUAUUUCCCCCCUGAAGACGAUCUAGAUUUAUACACUGAACCGGAAUCUAGGAUGGUAAAUAUUAAGCGGCAGGAAUUUGCCAAGCCUGAUGUUUGGCUAUUUAAAAACGAUCUGAAUCCGCCUUGUCACAAGCGUUCGCAUUUAGCCAAAGAGACAGGUUUUAUGAAGUGCCAAAACUGUGGUGUAUCCUCCGGUGGUCCUAUAUGCCAAAAGUGUGAUAAUAUGGUUCUCUUCAGGCCAGAUGGUACAGCAUUGAAGCAAAGCAGCUUAGCAAUCAAAACUGCUGUCCAAAAUGAGGCUUACUCCUCCAGCCCGGCUCUACGAGAGAAGACUUCUUACGGGACAACACCGCAAGACAGGGCUUCUCAGCAAAAUCCAAAAACUAAAACUUCCAGCACAGUGCGAUGCGGCUUUUGUAACCGAAUAGGGGCAACAAAUACUUGCACAAUCUGUUCCAAAGUCUCGUGCGAUGCUUGUAUCGUUUCUUACUGUCAUGAAUAUUGUUGCCGAAAAAGCGAUCACCAUAAAUUUGCACCAAACAAUCAAUUGAACUAUAAAUCACCCCAGCUGUCUCAUCUUGUGUAUAGAUAGAUUCGCAACUUAAUCUCGAUAAAGGGCUAACGUGCAGAACCAUAGACUGGAACAGAACUAUAUCCCCAACCUCUAGAACAAGAGCGCACGGAAAUGUUCAGGGAGGAGAUUUCAAAAGUUUUUUGGUUUCAGAAUACUGUGGAUGCUUCUAGUCCUCGCUGCUACAAUGGUGCAAUAAUCCUUUCGGGCUUGCUAUUUAAAUUAUAAUGCAUUUCUCCUCACAUAAAAUAAUCACAGUGCUUAUAGUGAAGCAUUGAUUUUAAAGUAUGGGGAGGGUUAGAAAGCAUAACCAUGUUGCAUAAUCAAAGAAAAUAAAUGAAAUUGAAUUAAAUACAAUGCAAAUAAACCUUGCCCACUUGGACUAAGAUUGACAGCUGGGCACACGCCAUAUUUCCCCAAGUGUCGAUGAGCUGCCGUUUUUUUGCUCAGCCUCAAGUUGGCUAUAUAAUACUUUGCUCUUCUCCUUUCAAACGCGUGCUGUUAAUUUAUAUAGCAAGUGAGCACUUAAAGGAUCUGUUCGAAAUGCUACAUCCUGAGGGACUAUACUCUUACAGUUGGUUUUAUUGUAAACCCACAUGCUAAUUCAUUCAUGGAAUAAUUUGCCAAUUGAUGGAGAACCUCUCUUUGUUUGGUUCUCGGUGUCUGGUGUGCAUGCAGUGAUUCUGCAGAAUUGGUAUCUUAAGAUCAGUGUUUGUGUUGUCCAGCAUAGUGUAUAGGAAAGAUGUUCCCUAUUUUCAGUUGUUCGGCAGUUUGUGUACUCUAGGUAAGUUUAAGGGAGUCACCGCUCUCUUUAUUAUCCUCCAAUAUAACCGUACAAAAGCAGUGCCCAUGCAUCAGAAGGUUAUGCUCUAAUAUGUUACAUGGUGUCCUAAACCUUGCUACUCAGGGGAUGGGGCGGGGGUUUGAGACAAGGGUAGGGGUGGUAAAUCCUAUUACAGCCAGUUACAGAUUUUAUAUCUCAAGCUGUGCAAUUUCAAUAUAUUCAUUUAUGUAAGUGCUUCCCGACUACAGCCCUCACUGUCAAUGAUGGCUAGCCGUCAUUUGACUGGUAUUGUGACUUGCAUCUUCCAUGGUGCUCGGCCAGCCUAUAGAGUCUCGCCAUCAUUUUACGGUGAACAAACGUCUGCAGCACUAUGUUAGCCGUUGCUCGCUUAAAGGAACUAUAAAGACUAUUUUAGGGUAUCACAACAAGCUCUCUGUAGUGUUUGCUGGCAGAACUUCACAUGGUGUUACUCAUACCUGAAACUGGGCAGUGAAGGAAAGAAUGGUUUCCCAAAAGACAAAAUGGACACUGUCUGCUUAGUCCUUUCCAGGCUGCCUUUCAAUGCAGUCAUACCAUUCCAUGCCUUAUGGUAGUAUGGAAUGUCCAGAUUACUUAAUUAGCUGCUCUUUACAGACCUGAUACCACAGAAUUAUUUGCCAUUGGCCUUUAAGGGGUUAAAGAGGAGUUCAUUUAUAGGAACAAUCCAAACCCAGGAAAUACUUAAGCUUUCUGAAGUGCUUAAAGGGACACUCCAGGCACCCAGACCACUUCUGCCCAUUGGAGUGGUCUGGGUGCCAACUCCCACUACCCUUAACCCUGCAACUGUAAUUAUUGUAGUUUUCAUAAACUGCAAUAAUUACCUUGCAGGGUUAAGUCCUCCCCUAGUGGCUGUCUACUAGACAGCCACUAGAGGGAACUUCCUGGUCCAUAGCACAUAGUCCACGGUCCUGUGUGAGGACCUCCAGCGUCGCUAAAAUCCCCAUAGGAAAGCCUUGAAAAGCAUUUUCAGUGCUUUCCUAUGGUGAGGUCUAAUGCUGACGUAAUGAAGGGGAGGAGCAGUGGUGGAGGAAGCAGCAGCGACGAGGGACAUGUCGCUGCCUCUGGUAAGUGACCUGAAGGGGUUUUCACCCCUACAGCAACCGGGGAUGGGAGGUGGGAGGCAGAGGGGGGACCUGCAGUGCCAGGAAAACUGAUUGUUUUCCUGGCACUGGAGUCCCUUUAAUGAUUAACAGUGUCCCUGCAGGAAUUUUUU